CGAAACCGCGAUCUUUGUGCCGGUAUUUCUGAACGCACCAGCGCAAUAGCCGCGCUGUCAAAAUCAAAACAUGAUCGAGGAAAGCCAAUUUAAAACUUUUUUGGGAUUUGAUUUUAGUACUCAGAGGCUAAAGGCUGUGAUAAUUGGUGAAGAUUAUGAAGUGCGACAAGAAGCGGCUGUGGAGUUCGAUGUUGAUCUCCCAGAAUUCAGAACAUCAGGGGGAGUUGUCCGAGGGGAGCAGGGUGAGGUGACUGCACCCCCGUUGCUAUGGGUCAAGGCUCUAGACAUGGUGAUGGACCGAUUGAUAGUGGAGGGAGUGGAUUUCUCUACUGUUGAAGCCUUAUCAGGAGCGGCACAGCAACACGGCUCAGUAUGGUGGGCAAAAGGUUCAGAAGUACGGCUGCAGUCCCUAUCGCCAGAUGACUUCUUGCAUACCCAGCUGGCUACCACCUUCAUGGCUGAUUCUCCAGUAUGGAUGGACUCCAGCACCUCAGCAGACUGCCGUGCCCUAGAAGAAGCUGUUGGUGGACCAGAGGAAUUAGCAAAAAUAACAGGCUCACGAGCAUACGAACGUUUCACGGGUGCACAAAUACGAAAAAUGUACAGAACGAGACCUCGCACCUACGCAGCUACCGAGAGAAUAUCCCUCGUGUCUUCCUUCGCAUGUUCACUUUUCCUGGGGAAGAUUGCACCAAUCGACUUAUCAGAUGGGUCCGGAAUGAAUCUCCUUGAUAUUCACACUAUGGAAUGGUGUGAUAAGGCCUUAAAGGCAUGUGGUGACGAAAACCUAAAAACCAAGCUUGGGUCUCCAGUACCCAGCACAACAGUGGUUGGGAACAUUUCUACAUAUUUUGUGAAGAGGUACGGGUUCAAGCCCGAUUGUAAGGUGGUUGCAUUUACUGGUGAUAACUGCUCUGCUUUAGCAGGGCUUCGCCUCCGCUCCGGCUGGGUGGGUCUGAGCCUCGGAACCAGUGACACUCUGCUAUUGGGGCUUCAAGAAGCGAAAGCCCCACCCGCGGGACACAUCCUCGUAGGCCCCACGGCAGAGGCCCCGUAUAUGGCGCUAUUGUGCUUCGCUAACGGGUCCCUAACGAGGCAGAACCAUAGGGACCGGCUGGUCGGUCCCAGCUGGGAUGCCUUCAAUGAACUGCUGCAGGCUACGGUUAGAGGCAAUAUGGGAUAUAUGGGCAUAUACUACGACACGGCGGAGAUCGUGCCCCGCGCGGGCGCCGGCCGGUGGGCGUGGGGCGGCAGCGCGGGCCGGGGCGCUUCGCCCCAGUUCGAGGCGCGGGCGCUGCUCGAGGGGCAAGCGCUCGCGAGGCGCGCGCACGCCGAGGACAUGGGGUUCGCGCUUGAUAAAUCUUCCCGUGUGGUGGCCACGGGCGGCGCGUCCGUCAACAAGGAACUGCUGCAGAUAUUUGCUGAUGUGUUCAAUAAUAAAUGUUAUUUUUGUUUGCAGGAGCAGCACGCGAACGCGGCGCUGCUGGGCGCGGCCAUCCGAGCCGCCGAGCUGUGGGGCGAAGUCACUGGGGUUAAGCUCACUGGAUCUGAACCCACCAUAGCGCCAGUGGCGACACCGUACGCGGACUCGGAGGCUAUCUAUACUCCGAUGUUGAAGAGAUACAGGGAAUACAUUGAAACCAUUCCGAAACUACAGUAGCGUUCCGAUAUUUCACAAUCGUGACGAUAUAUUAUCAACGGAUACGAUAUCGUGACGAUUUUUGACAGACAUUAAUUGAACUACAGACCCCAACCAUAUAACGUCUUAAAGCAGGAGCUAAAUUCUCGUGUGGAAGAGCGAUGGCGCUAGACGACCUAUCGAUAGCUCUAUCUUUUUCUCACUCUGGAAUUACUCCAAGUAACCUCUUUCUAUCCUAACACUAUUUAGUUAUUUGAAACAAAAGACAUGGUCUUUAAUAAGGGGUUUUUGAAACAGAUCAUUAAUGUUUUGAUUAGUUAAAAUAUAAUUUUUUUUCCUAGCACGAGGCAAAUGUGACUUAGAUCUUUUGUCUAUAAAUUCAUAGACGUUAAAUUCUAUACAUUCUUCAUAGCAUAUUUUAUUGUCAUAGACAUAGAAACAUUCCAGCUUUUAAUUUUGUAACGACCAAGCCAAAUGUGUUAUUUUUCAUAUUCCAGUCUCUUUCACUCAUGAUUGACGAGAACGUGACAAGUAUACUGCCGUCAGCGUGAUAGAAAGAGAAAGGAUUAUGAAAACGUGUUUUAAAUCAAAUGCUAAAAUAAUUUUAGUCUUAAACCAGAAGCUAAGCUUUUUUGUUAACUAUUUUAAAUGUUUUUUCGCAAGCACUCGCUCUCUUGUUAUUUUUUUUUAGCUAUGAUUAUUAAUUUUAAGAUGAUUGAAUCAUUCCUAUAUUUAUUUAUUUUUUUAUGUUAUAUUGUUACUAAUAUAUUCUCAUUGCAAAAAAUGUGAUCAUUUUUAUAAGAUGUAAUCAUCACUUUUAUAUAAGUAUAAUAUAUACUUUUUUUUACACGUUUUUUUAAUAAAAAUCACAUUGUUCAAAGCAACUAGAUGUCUAAUGUUUAGUAAUUCUUAAAGAUGAUCAAUUUUAUAUAUCUUAUAUUUAAAUAGUACAUUUUGUGUGAUAGAUCAUAUCAUAGAUAUAACAAUUAUGGUGCACAUCAUAUUGUGGUCAAGCAUUCCAGAUAUUAAUAUUCCAUAUAGCUUGUUGUUUUAUACGUUAAUAAAAAAUUCACCCGA